AUGUGUUUAGAUAUCUACCACGAGUACCAGGAGUGCGGCCAUCAUAGGCAUGUCCGUACCUAUACGUGUUGGCAAGAUAGUUGGGAGGCGUAUUGCCCCUGUUUGUACUUCCCUGGGGUAUUCCCCUUUCGAAGCAUACAUGGCAAGACCCAGAGUCGGCAAGUUCAACUAGGGUCAUGCUCCAACUGCGAGGCAUCGAAAAAGAAAGGAGAAAGGAGGGAUUACGGGGGGUUCACUGCUCUGCAAACCCAUGGUGCUGGAGCCUCCCAUGGGACGAGACAGGUACAAACACCACAGCCAAGCGGAGGUCAUCAGGAGUUGAGGGUGCCCGGAAGAGCCCAUCAACCAGGGGCAUAUAGACAGGAGCCUCGUAUGAGCAUGUAUUCCCAACCGAGCCCUUCGGAUCGGAUAUAUGCGAGUUCCCGGGGUGCAUACGCACCGACAUGCUCUCCGGCACCAAGGCAAGGUGCAAGACAGGUAGGAAACAAGUUAAUCGUGGACAAGGGCGUUCCUCUCCCACCCGUGGGGCAAUAUAAGACACUUGAGCCUCGCAGAUCUGGGACCGCACGCAAUAGUCCCAGAAGAGUUGGCAGUGUACGGGAUCGUAUUGAUCGGUCCUACACCGUUUCUCCUCUCACCGAGGAUGAGAGGAACGCUCCCUAUGUGGAAAUACCGUCCCAUGAUGAGUAUGCGGGUUGGGUAUAA